AUGGAUAGAAAAGGCCCCAUCGGCAGGGAGCCUUACGAGAUCUUUCGAGAGGCGUGCCAUGAGUUUCGAAGUUCACUAACCGAGAAGGACAAGGCACUAUUCAAGGAAUUUUCCGAUGCAAAGUCAAUGCUGGCAACUAUCACAGAGGAUGCGAAAUCUCACCCUGUGCAUUCCUCAACACUUACUCGAUGCUGCAAAGGAAUCAACAGCAUUGCCAACCGCUUGUCGCCAUUUUUCGACAUCGCCAGUCUAUUUGUAUCAUCUCACCCAGAGUUUGCAGCCCUCGCAUGGGGAUCAAUACGACUUGUCUUUGUUUUAGGCUCUAAUCACGCCAAGUUCUUGGAAAGGGUGUGCGGUAUGUUCGAAAACAUGAGCAUGCUCCUGCCUGCGUAUGAGGAAUACGCAUCAAGACUCCGCUCGCGGCUCACUGCGAAUGGCCAUGAAGGCAGCAACCGGAUCUUCAAAACUUUGGCAUACAUAUACGCCGAUCUCAUUCAAUUCUGCUUCGAAAUGUGCAAACUAUUCACCAGGAAGCGCUCAAGGCUACUAAUGCUUCACAGCUCGUUCUCAUACUCCACGGUCUGGAGGCCUUUCGAUAUUCGAUACGAUGAUCUCCUACAGAGAUGGAAAGACCAUCGUGAGAUAUUCGAGCUUGAAAUGUCAAUCACGGCGAAUAUCCAACAGUUUGAGACAGGCGACCGCGUGGGCGAGUUACUAAAAAGGGUUGACGGUGACUGGGGAGCUAAAUCAACAUAUACCAGAGACCUGAAAGAGCUAGAUAUUGAUUAUCUUCUCAUAAGGCUCAAAUCUUGGAUUGAUCCUCCGGCAUGGGCGUACGCUUUUGAGAACUCACAGCACAAGCGAUCAGAAAGGACGACCGAGUGGUUUUUAGAACACUACAAAGUAUCGCGCUGGUUAUCUCAAGUCGCUCCUGAACGAACAAUUUCUGCUUUAUCGGUCCAAGGCAAACCUGGGUACGGGAAAACCACACUAUGUGCCACUCUCAUUGAAUAUAUCCAAACCUGUUAUACGAGCUACUCAACAUACGACUCAGUGGCAGUCGUAUAUUUCUUCUUCGAUCGACAACGACAGGCUAACUCUACAGCGAUGGCUGCACUCAGGGCUAUUCUUGCCCAGCUCUUGCAUAUCUUCCGAAAGGAUGAAGCGAUCCUGGACAUCAUAACGCUGCUAUGGGAUCAGAAUAAAACAGGGCAAGUGACUGCAUCUGGUAGUGAGAUCAUAUCAGCCCUUUGCCUACUCUCGUCUCGAAUUUCCAAGCUUUUCAUGGCUGUCGAUGGGGUUGAUGAGUGCCAAGAUCACGAAGAUCUUUUUGACUAUCUGAAAGAGAUAUGCCGACAUACAGACUCUGUUUCUGUUGCGAUCUUCAGUCGCCCGAACCUGGCUAUCCCCCAAGAUUUGAGCUCCAUGCUUCAACACCUUGAUCUUACCUCGACAAUGAACUUUGAAUCACUUGAAACGUUCUUGCAGCCCAGGAUUUAUCGGCUGGCUCGAGAUGGAGUGAUAUCUUCGGAGGAGAACAGAGACCAGGUGGUGAAACUACUUGCCAGUAGAGCCAACGGCAUGUUCUUGUGGGCUCGACUUCUGGGACUUGAUGCACUAUACCAGGAGAUGCUACGGUCAAUCGAACAAAGGACUUGGCAAGCGGCGAGGCUGAACAUCACUAGGGCGUUUCAAUUCGUCUCAUAUGCUCCCCGGCCUCUACAUGUCAAUGAGUUGGAGGUCGCGAUCACAACACCACUAUCAAGUGCCGUUGACGAAUACGACACAAUUCCAAACUUUGAGAAGGCCCUGUCAAAAAUGUCCGGGGCACUCAUUGAGCUUGAUUCAGAGAGAAAAGCUAGAUUCGUACAUGUCUCAGUUCUCGAGUAUUUGACCGACCAAUUUCGUCAAGACCAGUCUCUAGAUUCGGUAUCACAACUCGUCAAGGAACGCUUCCUGGCGCAGCGGUCAUGUGCAUCCUGUUGUCUAGCAUAUCUGCUGUAUAGCAUACCAGCAGAGCCCUUAGGUGGCGGCCCACAAGUCAUUGCGGACCGUGGCUUACAGAAGCUUCGAUAUCCUUUCCUGGAAUAUUCUGCGCAGUAUUGGGAUUACCAUUUCUCUGAGUUUCUUCUCAAGCUACCGCAAGUAUUGUCACAGGAGUGCGAGUUAGCUAUCAAGCUCGCUUCUGACUUUGUUUCGGCCAAGAGAACACUCAUGGCAUGGAUCGAAGCAUGCUGUAUCUUUGGUGAAGUCCCUCGAAUAUUGUCCAACUGGCCACAACAGGCCGAUGGCUCCCCGUCUGCCGUUAGGAUUCCCAUUUCUAUGUCAGAAAACACAGUAUCUAACUUGGAAGAUACGGUAAAGAGGCUACAUCAAUUGACUUUGGAGCUCGCAGACCUUAAAAAAGCAUGGCAAGACAUCCUUCUGGAGUCACCAUUUGAGAUCUGGGAACCCAGCAUCGAAGCAUUCCACAACACGUCACUAUGGGAAUCAGUUCCUGGUUCUGAGAUUGUGGCUCGCUUGAGCAACAGCGAUAGUGGGAUUAUAAAUCCUAUAUGUCUCAAAUCCCUUGUCAGUCCAGACGGUAAACGUCUUGGGGUCAUAAGGCUAUCCACGGAUUCACGGGUUCAUCGAGAUGACAUAGACUGGAAGAUUACGUUCGAAGAAUGGUCCGUUAAUCCCUUUGAAAAAGUAUUCGAAGCAGAUAUCGCCCUUACCAAUUUGUCUCUCGCUCCAUUUAUCGAGUCGAUGAAGUGUAUAGACAAGGGCAAUGACCAUAGAUUUCUCUUCGAGCUCCCUCUAGCAAUCACACCUGAUUUGAGCCGCAUUGUGGCCCCUGGUUGUGUCACAACUAUCAAUAGAAACUCGGAAUCCCUGUUAGCAAGGAAGAAGUCGCCACACAUCCAACUACUCAAUUUCACACUGACACCAGGCCCCAUGGGCAACAUGCCGUUCAAAUUUCCAGUUCGUCAAUUGAAAGACACAUAUGCUCUGUUUAUCUCUGAUUCGAAGGAGUUCAUCAUGACGAUCCACCAGUCCAAGGAGCUUAUUGAUAUCUACGAAACAUGGAGUAGUAAACUUUGGGUAGCGACUGUGUACAGAAGAUCACAGGAAAGGGCUGGACGCAUCAUCCAAUUAUCGCUAUUUAUCCUCACUAUCCUUCAAGCCCUGCGAUUGUGGGCUAGCAUCGAUCGAAGAGUUAAUAUUGCUACAUCCCUUUCUCCCACUUGCAGCAAUUUUCACAGGUUAGAUCAUGUCAUUUUGUGGGGGUUUUCUGCCACAGGUAACGACGUUCUGGACAGUGUUCGUAGAGAGCAUACAAGAAUUGAAUUUCCAGAGGAUGGAGCAUUCUUUUACGGGAAGAGACUUGUGCCUCAUGGUUCAACGCAGAAGCAGGGUAUAGUAACGACGAGGGAAGAAAGCAAGAGACGAGCAUUUGAUUCGAGCAUGGCUGCCACGAGUAACUCGUCGGUGCAGAGCUUGAAUACCAUAAUGAGAGCAACAGAUGCCUCCGGGUUCCAAGUUCUUUCUUCGCUGGAGAAAGCAGGCGCUGGUGCAAUUAUAAGACAGACUCUACGAGAGGAUGGUUUUAUGGUCCGUCAGGAGAUUUCCAAGCUGCCAAAGAGUCUUUUUAACAUUGCGGAUCCGACGAUCAUACCUCAGGAGCGGAACGUGGUACAGGUUGUGGUCAACCGAGCAAGUCGUGUUUUCGAACCUUACGAAUUUCAUAUUGGCCAAACAAACACCGCAAGCGUGUCUUCCAGCGCAGGGCUACCCUUAGUUCUUGAACGGCAGGAAGAGACUAUACCAACUUAUAUAGGCACAGGAUCCUACUCGCUUGAGAACGGUAUGAACUUCAAGGGUGAGAAGCGCGGGCUAGAAGGGCGACUUGAUGAAGGAAAGGCACAUAAACGACGGCUGCUAUAA